AAUUUUUCUCUUUCACAUUUUUAUUUUUUUUUUUUGGUGUAAAUUUCUCAAUUAUCGUCAUCGUCUUCCUCAUCAUCUCGAGCUAGCUAACCCCUCUUCUUCUUCCUCCUCAAGCUCAAACCCUAGCCCUAGCCCUACCCCAAUCUAAUCAACUCCACUCCCCUACUGCUACUGCUGCUCUUACUCCUCCAUCUUUCUCUCUUUACAGCUGUAUUUUUCAUCAUCAUCUUCGCGGUCUUCGUCGUCGUCUUCUUCUUCUUCAUCCCCAAUUGUUUGGUAGGGUUUCUGAAUCUGAGGUCACAAGCUAGUGAAUCGCCUCCCUUGACGAUCUAUCUCUUUCUCUCUUUCUCUUUCUUGAUAUCUUCGCCGCCUACCAGGUGCCAGAUCUCUCCGAAAGGCGACGAGUUCAGGAAGAACAGAGGGCCCGCCAAAGGAAGAAAAUGUCACCAUUGGUCCUUGGCUGGUAAAGUUUUGUAAAUCUGAGAUCAGAGGUUAGUGAUUCGUGAUUCGUGCUUUCGAAAGAGAAAAAGAAGAACAAGACCCCAAAUCCGUGUUUGCAUUUCAAGAAUUAAUCAUGGACAGUGAUUCAUGGAGUGCCCGCCUUUCUUCUGCAUCUAAGCAAUAUCAAUCGGCACUUCAAUCACGAUCUGAUAUGUUCAUGGGGUUUGAAGAAAUUGAUGGGGAUGAUGACAUAAGGGAGGAGUUUCCAUGCCCCUUCUGCUCAGAUUAUUUUGAUAUUGUUGGAUUAUGUUGCCAUAUUGAUGAAGAGCAUCCAGUUGAGGCAAAGAAUGGGGUAUGUCCGGUUUGUGCUAUGAGGGUUGGGGUAGACAUGGUAGCGCACAUAACGCUACAACAUGGAAACAUUUUUAAGAUGCAGCACAAGAGGAAGACGAGAAAAGGGGGAUCUCAUUCAACAACGCUAUCUUUGUUGAGGAAAGAGCUUCGGGAAGGAAAUUUACAAUCUCUUUUUGGGGGCUCAUCUUGUUUAGUGUCAUCAUCCAAUGCUGCACCUGAUCCAUUGUUAUCGUCAUUUAUCUUGCCCAUGGCUGAUGAUUUCGGCAGUGUUCAACCUCCCUUUUUAGCUGAAACAAGCUCAGCGAAGAAAAGUUCUACUGAGAAUGUAUCAGAAAGAAAGGUGCAGCCGGCGGCUCCUCCUCUCUCGGUUAAGGAUAAGGAAGAGAAGGCAAAAAGAUGUCAGUUUGUUCAAGGGAUGUUGUUGUCCACCAUUCUUGACGAUGGCUUAUGAAUUUCAGCACUGGAAUGAAAACCCUCACAGCCAACUUACACUGCAAACCUAUGAUAUGCUUGUAGUGUGUAUGUCACGUUAUAUAUAUUACAUAUAUAUAUUAUUAUUAUAUAUUUUAAAGGGGAAAAAGAAAAGAAAAAAAAAACAAGAGAGUGGAAUAAGUUGUAGGGAUGAGUGUAAUUUAUGUGCCUUCUGAACUUUAGUUUAACAAACUCCAGGUAUUAUGUAUUAUUUCCAGCUUAUUGUUAAGUAAAAGAAGAAAAAUAAUUUCCUUCCA